UAGUACAAUUUCCUGCUUAUCGAAAUUCCUAAAUUAACCAAUUGCGAUCGAGAGUUUUAACAAAAGGCGGGAUAGUUAGAAGAUAUUGCGAAGAUAAGCCAAUCAGCGUGUGUCUUCAAAGCUAACUUCAGCUCCCUAGUUUGGUUGCAGUGCACCCAUGUGGGUUCAGUGUUGAGUUGCCACUUGGAAAGUGAAGUUAACUGUAUCUACAGUUGUCGUGUAUUUUGAAACGCUGCUUGUCGCGUUUCACUAUGUCUUCGUCUUUCUUUAUAAAGACAAAACAAAACCCCAAAUUAGUCAAAAAGGGGAAAAAUACAGAUGUGCCAAAACGAAAGGCUGAUAAGGAUUCAGGCGGAAAGAGCAAAGUACGAGCGAAGAAACCCAGCUCCAAAUACAACGAGGAGAUUUCCAGCGACUCUGAGGCGGAGAGUCAUGAAGUGCCCAAGAAAAGACAGACAAAUGAAGAGUAUGAGUAUGACGAAACGCCGCAGGAGAAAAAGCUCAGAUUAGCCAAACUUUACCUUGACCAGCUAAGGGAGGAAGAGGAAAAGAAGGUAGAAGAAGACUCCUUUGAGACUGACCUCAUCGCUGGAAGACUUCAGGAAGAAGUGCUUGAACAAAAAGGAAAGCUUCAGCGACUCAUUGCCAAAGAUCUCAGACCACCAGAUGCUGCAGAGAUCAGAGUGUUGAGAGGACACAAACUUCCAAUCACCUGCCUGGUCAUCUCCUCUGAUGACAAGUACAUCUUUUCUGCUGCCAAAGACUGCUCCAUCAUUAAAUGGGAUGUUGAGAGUGGAAAAAAACUGCACACAGUACCCGGUGGAAGGAAAGGUACAGAGGAACGGCAUGUUGGACAUACUGCCCACAUCCUGUGUAUGGCCAUAUCAUCGGAUGGGAAAUACUUGGCCACUGGAGACAUGAACAAACUAAUCAUGAUCUGGGAGGCAGACACAUGUAAACAUCUGUAUAAAUUCACUGGACACAAAGGCCCUGUGUCGGGUCUUUCCUUCAGGAAGGGGACUCAUGAUCUGUACAGCGCCUCUCACGAUCGCUCAGUGAAAGUGUGGAAUGUGGUUGAGAAUGCGUAUGUGGAAACCCUCUUUGGGCAUCAGGAUGCCAUCACAGGACUGGACAGCCUGAGCCGUGAGCGCUGUGUGACUGCAGGAGGAAGAGACGGUUCAGUCAGAGUGUGGAAGAUAGCAGAGGAAUCUCAGCUGGUGUUCCACGGCCACGAGGGUUCAAUUGAUUGUGUCCAGCUCAUAAACGAGGAGCAUAUGAUAACAGGAGCCGAUGAUGGCUCCGUGUGUCUUUGGAGUGUCAACAAGAAGAAGCCUCUCUGCAAGGUGAAGCAGGCUCACGGUUGCCAUGGUGACACAGGGCUGGAGCAGCCUCAUUGGGUGGCUUCGGUCGCGGCGCUUCAGAACUCGGAUACAGUCGCCUCAGGUGCCUCUGGCUGUUCACAUAAUUCACAGGUGCAGCUGUGGAAGUGUGAGCAGAAUUUCCGCGGGCUGCAGCCUCUAUUCAGUGUGCCAGUGUCUGGAUUUGUCAACAGUCUGAAGUUUUCGAGCUCUGGUCAGUUCUUGGUGGCAGGAGUUGGACAGGAGCACAGGCUGGGUCGAUGGUGGAGAAUCAAAGAGGCCAGGAAUGGGAUCUAUGUUAUUCCUCUUAAAAGAAAACCGCCUAAUCCAGAGGAACCCAAGAUGGCUCAGUAGUGGACUGUUAAGUUUUUUGUUGUCUUUUUCAUUUUGUAAAUUAAAGAUUUAAAAAUUG